AUGCCUGAAGAUGAUAGUCAUUCAGGAGGUACUGGGCUGGCGAUGAUGAAUCUUUUGCGACAAGCCCAGCGACUCGCAGCAGGUUUCGUGGAGCCACACUAUGUUCACGCAUCUGAAAUGCUGGCUCCACUACCCGGGGCAAACAUAGCAUGGUGUACUAUAACAAGGGGAUCUGCUAACCCUACUAGGAAUCACUUGUGCUUGCCAGCUCACUUCGAGUAUAAAAAGAAUAAUCAAAGAGCACUGAUAUUGCGCAUCGCUCCACACGGCCUGGUGAGCUGUGAUCCAAGAAUCGCUCUUGAGAGGGUCUCGGAGUCUUUCCGAGAGGCUGAGAUGGACCAGUCAGCGUCGAGGAUGAGGAAAAAUGCGAUAAUCGAAAAGUGA